AUGGUCAUCAAGGCCGGCCGCUUUGGCCGCUUUGUCGCCUGCACCGGCUACCCCAAGUGUCGGACUACUCACCCGCUCAAGAAUACUGAGAAUGGCGCAGAUAGCUCCGAGGCCGACGUCGCCACCGAUGAGGUCUGCGACCAGUGCGGCAAGCCAAUGGUCAUCAAGACCGGGCGUUUCGGGAAGUUUAUGGCCUGCACCGGUUACCCUGUUUGCAAGGCCACCCGCCCGAUGAAAACCGGCGCAAUCUGCCCCAAGUGCGGCGGCGAUAUCGUGGAACGCCGUUCACGGGGCCGGGGCCGUUCUUUCUACGGCUGUUCCAAGUAUCCCGACUGUGACUUCAUUUCCAACCGCAAGCCGGUGCUUAAUCCUUGCCCGGAAUGCUCUGGAAUGAUGGUGGAGUCGGGCCGGAACCGGGUCUCGUGUAGCUGUUUGCGAGCCUGGACGGAAGCGGCGGUGGAACAAAACAAAAAAGCCCAAAAACACCAACAACAAACAAAACCACCACAUACAAAACAACAAAAAAAACACAAACAAAAACACAAAGCCACAAAAACCCAAAAAACCAAACAAAAAAAAAAACAACAAGAACAAACCACAACGGACACAAACACAAGCAAAACAGAAAACCAAAAUACGAAACCAAAACAAACAAAACCAAUACAACAAAACACCACAAAAUAA